GAUGAUGAUGGGGUAGAAGAGGCAUUUGAGCUUCUGCAUGAAGUAAAUGAACGUGUUCGAACUGGUAUAUGGGUUGGUGACUGUUUCAUUUAUAAUAAUUCUUCUUGGCGACUAAAUUAUUGUGUUGGUGGCGAGGUCACCACCAUGUUUCAUUUGGACCGCCCUAUGUACUUGCUGGGAUAUCUUGCUAGUCAAAGUCGGGUGUAUCUUAUUGACAAGGAGUUCAAUGUUAUGGGCUAUACCUUACUCCUCAGUUUGAUUGAGUAUAAAACUCUUGUUACACGUGGGGAUCUAGAACGUGCCAAAGAAAUUUUGCCAUCGAUUCCAAAGGAACAUCACAAUAGUGUGGCACAUUUCUUGGAAUCCCGGGGAAUGGUAGAGGAUGCUCUUGAGGUAGCAACUGAUCCUAAUUACAGAUUUGAUUUAGCUCUUCAGCUUGGUCAAUUGGAAAUUGCAAAGGAGAUUGCUAUUGAUGUACAAAGUGAAUCUAAGUGGAAGCAGUUGGGAGAGCUGGCUAUGUCUACUGGAAAGUUAGAGAUGGCUGAGGAAUGCCUAUCACACGCUAUGGAUUUGAGUGGGUUGUUGCUUCUUUACUCGGCCAUUGGUGAUGCUGAAGGGAUAACAAAACUUGCAUCUCUCGCAAAAGAACAAGGAAAAAAUAAUGUUGCAUUUCUUUGUCUAUUCAUGCUAGGUAAACUGGAAGGUUGCCUUCAGUUAUUGGUAGAGAGUAAUCGCAUUCCAGAAGCUGCUCUGAUGGCGAGGUCGUAUCUUCCAAGUAAAGUAUCAGAAAUAGUAUCAGUUUGGAAAAAGGAUCUUAGUAAGGUCAAUUCAAAAGCUGCUGAUUCUUUGGCUGAUCCUGAAGAGUACCCUAAUUUAUUUGAGCAUUGGCAGAUUGCUUUGGCUGUUGAGUCAAAUCUUGCUCCUAACAGGGGUAAGUAUCCUCCAUCUGAGGAAUACUUGAGCUAUGUGGAAAAGUCCAAUAUUAAUCUUGUGGAAGCUUUUAGAAGAAUGCAAGUUGAUGAAGAGAGCACGCCUCUUGAAAACGGUGACUAUGGCCAUGAGGUGAUACAGGAGGAUGGGGUAGAGGAGAGCCCAGAGGAACCUGUUGAAGUUGAUGUAGAUGAUUCUACUGAUAGCUCAGUGCUUGUCAAUGGGAAUGAGGGUGAGGAACAGUGGGUGCUAACUCCGCACCAAUAGCAACUUCUCAGGAAAGGCUCUAGAAGCAAAUGUCGUGGCACACUGUUAUCCUUCCCACUUUGAGAUUUCUUCCUUGCGAUCCUUCAGCUUCCAGAAUUGCGAAUCAUAAUAAACGCAUUCAUGAGAUAGCAUAAAUCUAAGUUGUUUGUACACCGUACCCAUCUUAGAGAUAUAGUUGAGGUUUCUAGAUGAUUGGUUUCCCAGCAAUCCUUAUUUGGGAAUAGCAGACAGCUUCUUCCAGCUAUUGUAUUCAAUCAUAUCAUUUAUAUAGAUUUAUUAUUCGCUUCUUACAGAAA